AUGAAACUUUUAAGCAUUUUUCUUGUCGCCGCUGUUUUUGGACAGGAGAAAGCUGAGAAGCCAGAGAAUUGGUGGAAACUACAGAAGAUCAAGCAAAACCGUCUAGAGAGAAUGCAAAGGAAGCAGAUGACAUCGACAAAGGUCAUUACAACAACCGAGGCACCAACAACUACGACAUCUACAACAACCACAACGGCAUUCGUCAAGCCUAGAAAGACCAAUAAAAAGAAGAGAAAGAACCGCAAAAAUGGCAAAAACGUUGACUAUUCAACCUACUUCGAUUUGAACACAGAAAAUCUUGCCCUUGACGAUGUCACUAACCCAAAAUCACCAAAUGACAAAAAUAAAAGCAUUUUUUCGAUGGGCCGAAGUCAAGGAAAAGGUCAAGAUAAUGGCAUUCAUCCGAAUACGCGAAAGAUAGCUGGAAUGCUCAGACACCGAAUGCUCGCAAUGGGAAUCCAAAUUCGCUUCCUGGAUUUACUUGGCUACGGGUGCUGGUGUUCAUUCCUUAUCAGACAUGAUUUACGACCACGGAACAAGGAACCGUCGGAUAAGAUCGACGAAAUCUGCCGCAAAUGGUCAAAGUGCCACGAAUGCUCCUCAAUUGAUAGCUACUAUCAAUGUUCUGCCCAAGGACACGAUGUUUAUCAAGUACAGGGAAUAAUUGCAACGGGAAAAUUUACAUGCGCCAGUAACGAGGACAGUUGCGCUCUACGUGCAUGCGAAUGCGAUACGGAACUUGUUUACAAGCUUUCCGAUCUAUUGGCGAACGACCCGAAGAACUUUAACAUAAUGAACAGCUACGAAAAGGGCUUUAGUCCCUAUUUCCAGUGCAUCGAAAAAAGAAUGAUGACCGAUAGAAAGUCUGAUAAAUGCUGUGGACAGUUUCCCGACCGAUUUCCAUUCUGGUCAAAUAUGAGCCAAAAAGCCUGCUGCGGGUCCAAAACUUACGAUGUCAACCUGUUUGACUGCUGCCAAGGAGCCAAGCUUGUGCCAAAAUCUAUGACCUGCCCUAGACAAUUGUAA